AUUUGCUGGUAGUAGCUGAGCGGUCUGUAACUAUCUACGUUGGUGGACGACUCUCUUUUGGCCCCACCUUGAUAUUCUCCUCUACCUUCUUUUGAUACUGUAUACUUUUUUCUUCUAAUUGAUUGACCCAUCCCAUCCUGGGCCCGUCAUCAACAUGUCGCAAACCGUCGGCAAGACUCGCCUCGCGUACUCGCGCGCAUGGCACCACAUCGACGUCGGCACCGACGAGCGCACGCUGGGCCGGCUCGCUUCCUCGAUCGCGCUCUUCCUCAUGGGCAAGAACAAGCCCAUCUACGACCCGUCCACGGACUGCGGCGACUACGUCGUGGCUGUCGGCUGCCACGACCUGCGCACCUCGGGCAAGAAGCGUUUCCAGAAGAAGUACUACACGCACAGCACCCGGCCCGGUAGCCUCCGCAGCAUGACCAUGGACAAGAUGUUUGAGAAAUGGGGUGGUGGUGAGGUGCUGCGCCGUGCGGUGCGUGGUAUGCUGCCGAAGAACCGGUUGCGGGAGCCGAGACUGGCGCGGUUGAAGACCUUCGAGGGUGUGUCUCAUCCUUACAAGGAGAAUAUCAUCAAGCUGGGACAUCAGCCGUCUGUCAUUGGGUCCAUGCCUGAAGUGCAGCAGGCUCUUAAGGAGGCCAAGACCAGUGCAUAAAUGUUUUCUAUGUUCUCUGUAUAUUUGUCUGAUUAUCAUGUACUAUUUACCUUACCGCUAGCGCAUGGGUGGGAGUUUUUUUUUCUGAAAUUUCCUGUGUCUACUAGAUUACACAAUAUCAUCUAC